AUGGCGCCUAAGAAUGACAAGCAAAAACUACGCACUUCACGCGAUUUCGUGGGGCUAAUGGCCCUGCGACAGCUCGACAGCCCCGAAACCACGGCAGAGCACCCCGAGAAAGUCGAGCGAUUCCAGUCGCUAUCUGUUCCCUAUCCUCCGGCUGAGCGCGAUUCAGCAUUCGGAGGACACGUCUUCGCGCAGUCGGCCUUUGCCGCCUCCAAGACAGUGGACAAGGGGUUUCUGAUUCAUGAUGUAACAGGGACAUUCAUACUCCCCGGCCGACUAGACGUUCCGUACAUAUACACAGUGCGCCACCUCCGCGACGGCAAGAUGUACUGCUCGCGAGCCAUCGAUGUGAGACAGGACGGCGCAAUCUGCUUCUCCUGUCUCUGCUCGUUCAAGCGAGACGAGAGAGGCCCGACGUUUAGCCACCAGCCCACAUCCGCGCAGGAGCGAUACCGACACAUCCUUGCCGCCAAACGGCCGGACGAGCAACCCGUCAGUCCCAGCGUCGACGUGGACUGGUGGAUCGAGCUCGUGAAGAACGGAAACAUCACGGAGUCUGAAUUCCCCGGGCUGGACGUCCGCAAGGUCGAUAUGCAGGGCUACAAUAGCUCGCUGGAGGUGAAGCAGAAUCCCGAGAAGUAUCGCCAGCUGCAUCUCUACUCGCUUAAAGGCCAGCCGGAGGAACAGGGGGUGGUCAUCAGUAGGGAGGAAAUGCGAAGCCGAGAACAGUCGGCGGUAUAUGAUAAUCUCUACGCCUGUGCGCAUAUGUAUGCGAGUGAUCGGAAUUCGCUGCUGCUGAUUCCGCGUGCCCUCGGCCAUACCCAAUGGGUGGCUAUGGCGAGCUUGACCAUCAUGGUUGUUUUCCACGAACAUGGGGAUGCGCUGCGGAUGUUGGAUUGGGAGGCAGCAGAGAGCCAAGAGAGUGGGGAGACAACGAAGAAAUGGUUUGUACAGGAGGGCUGGACGCCACGCUCUGGCGAGAAUCGGGCCAUUCAUGAGAGUUGGCUGUGGAGUCCGGAUGGGAGGUUGCUGGCGACGAGUUACCAGGACAGUUUGCUGAGGCUGGCGAGGCCGGAGCCCCAGGGGAAGCUAUGA